AUGGAUGAUAUUUAUGAAAUUAUAGAUAAAAUUAUUGAUACAAAAUUAUGUUCUUGGUUUUCUGAAAUAAAGAAAUUCAAUUUAAAAAAAAAAAACCAACUUUCAGAAAGUCGUACAAUAGUUGACAAAGAAUCAUUAGAAAAAUAUUUGAAUUAUCCAGAAACAAUAAAAUUUGAUCAUGCACAAAGAGUAAUUUUUCAAAUGAUUUUAAAGUAUUAUGAUGUUGAAUUAGAAAAAGAAUUUUUUGAUAAUGAUAGAGAAUAUUUGUUAGUUUCUUUUUUUAACGAAACCACAAAAAAAUCAAUUAUAGAUAAAGAUCUUUCAAUUUAUUAUUUUUUUCUUCAAAAGGGUAAACUUACUGUUAAAGCGGUUGAAUCAUUUUUAAAAAAAUUAUGUAUAUUUUUUUCAAAUGGACGUAAUUAUGUUUUAAAACUUUAUCUUGAUUAUCACAAUGAUAAGGAAGAGGCAAAUAUUUUUUUGAAUGAUAUUAUUUUUAUUCUUGAUAAAACUUACAAAUAUCUUAUUGAAAGAUGGGCUAUUGGAGAUACGAUUCAGGAACUUAAACGUUCAUUUAAAAAUUUACUUCAACUCAUGGUAAAAUUAAAUGAACUUUCAUAUGAAUUUUUUUUACAACAAUUUUUAUCAACUGUAACAUGGGAUAUACGAUUUCAAUAUGUUGUAUUACCAUUUUUUAUUCUACCUAUCAACAUUACAAAUGAAAAUGAAGAACAAAUAAAAAAGCUUAUUAAUGAUAUAUUUGAAAGGACAACAUUAAAUCAAUUUAAUCGUGAAUAUGCUUCAAUUACUUGUCCUACUAUAGUUUCAAUUGCUACUAUUAUAUGUUCAUCUAAUUCUAAUGAUCUUAAAAAUUGUCUUUUUUUAUAUUUAUAUCAUAUGUUUACAUUCUCAGCAAAACAAGUUAACAGAACCGCUUGUAAAUUAUGGAUUCCAAGAUUAAUUAAGGUACCAGGUUUAACUGAAAUUUUUAAUAAAUUAUUAAAAAAAAUAAGUAAAGAAUUUGUAGAAUUAAGAUCAAAUUACUAUAGAAGAAUUAAGGAAGUUCAAGAAUACAGAGAAGAGACAUAUAUCGAUCAUGAAAAACAUACUGAUGCUCCACAUGAAUUAGAAUUUAAAUUAGAUAAUCUUUUAUAUUCUUGGAUUGUAAUCUAUAAUUCAUUGAUUUCAAAAAAUACAAAAGAAAUUCCAUUUAUUUUAAUUGCUGGUCUUAGAUAUCGGUCAAAUUUUGUUGCAAUGGAAGCUUUUAAUUUGUUUAUAUUAAAAUUUCAAUGUGUAAGUAAUUAUAGAAAGUAUAUACAUGAAUUUUUUUAUAAUCACAUGUCUACAGAUGAUUUACAAAUAAGAGAAAUUAUGCUUAAAAAUUUAGAUAAAUUAAAUUUGAAAAAGAAUGACACACUUGCUAUGUAUAUUAAUGCUUUCCUUAUUCAAGACAUAUCAUGUAUUAACUAUCAACGUCUUAUCAUGUGUUUAUCAAUUUUGGAUUACUUUCCAGAUUGUUAUGUUGGUAAUGGAGAUGUCUAUUUGUUAUGUAUUGGUCAUGAUGAUUGUAAUGUAAGGAGGUUAGCAUCAAAAUAUAUUAUUAAAAAUCGACCAAAUGAUUUGGAAGUUAUCUUUAAAACUGUUCUUAAAUAUAUUGAAGAAGGAAGAAAUAUAGAAGUAGCAGAAGAUGUCUUAAAAUAUGGAAUUUUACAAAUAGACCAAUUUAGAACCAAUUAUGAAAUUUUUCAAGAAUUUUUUAAUAAAUUGAAAAUAGAAACAUCAUUAAAUUUAACAUUUUCUUGUUAUUUUGAUUCAAUAGUUUUAAAAAAUUAUAAUAUUACUGAUAUAAAAAGUAUACAAUUAAUUGGAGAGAAUUGUUUAAAUAUAUUAGAAGAAAAAUUAAUCAAAGGUGGAUCAGAAAAAUUAGGUAUAUCUCCACCAUUAGUUGAUUUAUAUGAAAAUCUUAAAAAAGAAAUAUCAAAGGAAGGUAAAAGUAAUAAUGAAAUAUCAAAUGAAUUUGGUAUUAUAUUAAUUUCAUAUUCUCAAGAACUUCUUUAUAAUUGCAAGACACUAGAAAAUUUAAUAUAUAUGUUAUCAAAAAAUAAUAAUUCUUCAGAAUUAAUAGAAAAAUUUUUAAAAAAAAUUAGAGAUUCUGCUUUAAGAACAAGACACAAAGGAAUUAACGACGAUAGUUGUGAAAUUUAUCGAAAUUGUAUAAAACAUUUAUCAAAAAAUAAAAAUACCAUAACAAUUUUACAAAAUGCUUACGAUGAAUUUAAAAAAAUGUUUUUUAAUUCAAAAUUUGAGGCAAGAAAUUUAGCUUUCUGGAGAAUAUUCAUGACGUUUGUAGAUGAAGGUUUACAAAAUUUUGAUGAAUUAAUAACAACUACUUUAGAAUUAUCAAUGCCUGAAAAUAUUUUAAAUGUGAGCGAUUUAAUGAAAAUAAGAUGUUUGAAAUUAUUGAAAGCAUUUUUAUCAUCAUCAAAUUAUAACUUUACAAAUUACUAUGCAGAAUUAUUGAAAAAAUUAUGUAAAAAUUAUCCAAUUGAAUCAUAUUCGGUUCGUUCGGCUAUGGGUCACGUUUUUGGAAAUUUAAUUAAAAAAAUUUUUUGUGGUUGGCCAGAAAAAGUUCCUUAUUUUAAUUUUAUCAUCCAAUAUCCAAAAUUAUUUUAUGGAGUCAUUAAAGAAAUUCAGUUACUUCAAAAUUCUAUUAACAAUCCAUCAUUAUUUUUUGUUUUAACAAUAUUUGAAAAAUUAGUUUUUGUUGAUGAAAUGUUUUAUGAUAAGGAAAUGAUUGAAUUUUUAGGAAUUUUAAAAUCAAUUUUAAUUAAAAUGCUUCAACAUACUUAUAGUUUUUUUAUUCGGGAACAACUUAUUGGAGCAUUAUUUAAUUUAAUUCCAAAUAAAAGAAGAAAAAAUUUUGUUAUGAAAUUAGAGUGUUUUGUUAACAAAAUUACAAAUUCUAAUUUAAAAAUAACAUUUGAUCGUUUUCUUUUUUAUGUUAAACAAGAAUACCCUUAUCAUUAUCCUAAUCCAAAAUUUUCAAAUUAUUUUUCAUCAUCAAUCCCAGUUUAUGAAUCUUUAGCUAUUUCAAAAUCUUCAAAUAAUAAAUUUUUAUUAUCAGAGAUAUUAUUUAUUUUUGAGAAUGCUAAAUCACCUUCAGAAAGAUUACGUCUUCAUGCGGCAUAUAAAAUAGUAGCUUUGGCUCCAAAUAUCUCUUAUCUUGAAAGUAAGACACAACUACAAAUAUUUUUACAUUUAGGAAUAUUAUUAAUGGAUGAAAUUGAUUUUAUUAGAAUGAUAUGUUGUGAAUUUGGGACAACAUCAAUUUAUCCAAGUAUGGAUAAUCCUACAAGAAUUUUAGGUAAAAUUUCAAAAUUAAUUAAAUGUUUACCAUUAUCAAAAGAAGAGAUCAAAAAAAUUAUUGAUAAAUUUUUAGAAGAAUAUUCUUCAAAAAUUAUAUCAUAUAACAAAUAUUUUGAACCAUUAAUUAUUCGUUCCUUAUCAGAUUAUAUUUAA